GUCACGAGCAAUUGUCUUGAACAAAUGCGACCACGACAGUCUCCCAGACCGCUGCAUCAUGAAUAAUAGAUGACAAUGAUUCUGAAAUUCAGGACCAGAACUCUACCAUGGCCAUUAACUCGGGUCGUCAGGAACUCUUCUACAUUCUUCUCGCCUUAGCCUCUAUAUCACUUGUCUUGCUUGUCCGCCGCACAGUCUCUUCCGUCCAACUUGAUCGGAUCUCGCUUCAUGAAGCUCCGCGUUCGGUUCCCAAUAGCCUUUUCCAUGAGCUGGAUCAGCUCGCACGCGUGGUUGAUGUCUCUUACUGUGUCGGCAAUACCGGACUCCGAAAACCAUUUGAGUGUCUCAGUCACUGCGCCGACCUGGAAGGAUUCGAGCUGAUAUCAGUAUGGAAUACAGGACCUUUUCUGUCGGACUCCUGCGGUUAUAUCGCCCUUUCCCAUCCGCCGUCACCGAAGCGGAUCAUCGUCGCUUUUCGUGGCACCUAUUCGAUCGCAAACACCAUAAUUGAUCUCUCCGCUUACCCACAAAGCUACGUCCCAUACGACCCGGGAAACGACACAGGAGCGGGAGCGGGCACGCUUCAUUGUGAUAAUUGCACCGUUCAUGCGGGGUUCAUGGCGUCCUGGCAGAACACACGCUCGGUCGUCCUGGGCUAUGUCUCUGCCGCAAGGCUACAGUAUCCAGACUACGACCUGUCUCUAGUUGGCCACUCUCUGGGUGGAGCUGUCGCUGCCCUAGCUGGAGCGGAGAUGCAGCUACGAGGCUGGAAACCAACUGUGACAACAUUUGGAGAACCGAAGGUUGGAAACCAGGGUUUUGCCGAGUAUCUUGCCGAUUUGUUCGAACUACCAAGGGGAGCGGCAUCUGUUCCCGUCGAACGUCGCAGAUUCCACCGGGUUACCCAUAUUAACGAUCCCGUUCCGCUCUUGCCACUCGCGGAAUGGGGCUACGAAAUGCAUGCGGGAGAGAUUUUCAUCGCGAAAGAAGACCUUCCGCCAUCAGUCUCUGAUGUCAAGGUCUGCGAGGGUAACAAGGACGAACGGUGCAUAUCCGGUGCAGCUCGCACUUUGAUGCUCGCACUUCGCGAAACGUCCUCCCUUCUCGUACGACCACAGAGUGUCAAUGCGCCUCCUGAUUUGAAGGAACAACAGGCGCUGACGCAUGGGUCUUCGUUUAAAAGUUCUGUCUCAAGAUCACAGCAUGAGGGACAGCUCCGCGAUGAAACAUGGCGACGAAUCCACUGGCAUUUGAACCCAUCGCAUUUGCAUUUAUGGGAGUUAUUCUUCUCUCAUCGAGACUACUUCUGGCGACUGGGGCUUUGUAUCCCGGGAGGAGACCCUACUGGCAAGGAGUGAUAACCGAUCGAUAUUGUUUAAGAUAAGCGCCAGUUUGUAUGUGAUUCUUUGC